UUUGGAUCUUUACAAACUGUCCCGAAACAGAUGUCGCCUUAAGAAUAAUGGAUCGAGAACUGAACGAAGAGGAGCUGCAGGACUUGUACGCAUGGAUAGACAAAAUACCACUGUCCCGGCCAAAAAGACACAUCACAAGAGACUUCAGCGACGGAGUGAUGGCUGCUGAGGUUAUAAAAUACUUCUUCCCAAGGCUUGUUGACCUGCACAACUAUAUUCCUGCAAACUCCACACCACAGAAGCUCAGUAACUGGAACCUUCUCAACAGGAAGGUGUUUUCCAAGCUGAACUUUCACGUGCCAGAGGAGACAGUAAAGAAGAUUGUACUGAACACUGCGGGAGUGAUAGAGUCUGUACUGAGCGCCCUAAGGGAGAAGAUAGACAGGAAACUGGAGCACACCACAGACAAUAUACUAGAUUUGGAAUACUUUGAUACCAGGAACCACGAGAAACCUCAUGCAGAAAUUCGUCAGGCUGAAGUGAAACUCCUGGCUCAGCUGGCAGGAGAAGAGAAGAAAAAAGAUGAGAAGAGCAGACUAAGAAACAGUAAACCACAGCACACGGUGCAGUUUUACACAGACAUGGACCCAACUUUACGAACAAUCCUGCAGGAAAAAGAGCAAGCUGUCAUGGCUUUGCAGGAGACUGUGGAGAUCCUGCAGAUGAAGGUGAACAGGUUAGAGCAUCUGAUUCAUUUGAAGGACAUGCGUAUUGAAGACCUGACGCGGCACCUGGAGAUGUACAAAUCCAAAGGCAAUACACGCUGAUACAAACACAUAUACCAACAAUAUGUAACACACAGUCACACUCACAAAAUUUGUUAUAGUAGCUAAGAGAUUUAACCCUGUAACAUCAACUCCAAUGAACUCUCCAAAAAACUUUACUCAAGGCAAAUGAUUGUUUCCUAUAACGUUCUGAGAAUAUUGUCCUACCAAAUAAAAUGCAUGACACCUGUUGAAAUGCAUGAGUUCAUCAUCAUCUUUUCUAAGUGAAGUGUGUUUUUGUGAUGCAAAAGCAGGGGUUUGGUAAUACUAAUGAUUCCAGUGUGUUUUCAUAACAUGACAACUGCACAUUUCAAGAGGCUGUGAUAUAUCUAUCAUGACCAAACAAGGGCAAAGCAACAACAGUUUUCUCCAUAAUAGAUGAUAAAUAAUAUUUUUCCAUAUGUGCAAAUAUUGCGUCUUUGAGUUUAACCAAUGUGAUGUUCAGAUGAUUGCAAUUCUGCUGUAUAUUAUUUAUUGGCCUGUUAAUGAAACAUUUUACAGAUAAUAGCUUCUGUGUGACGAGUGUGUAGAAUGCAUUUUUCAUAGUGUUUUGUAAUGUAUUCUCUGACUUCUGUGCCUUCACACAGCCCAUGACGUUUGACUGCCAAGUGCUCAAUAAAUCAACUAACUAACUAACUUUUCACCCUGUCUUUUUAGAUGUGAGCCACAUGUACUAAAAAAGCAGAGAAGAUAUCUGAAACUUAAGCUUUAACUAACUGCUACAA